UAUUCUGUUUUUUAUUAUAGUAUAAGUAUUCUAUUUUGUUGACUAGUUAUUCUAAUUGAGCUCAAGUUUUCUUAAAAUGCCAGAAACUUUCCAUCACAGAACAGAUUUGAAAACUUGGUGGAACGGUGACAAAAAAGAAUGUUCGAUGGAGAACAUCACAGCGACCGUUACUCGACCAACAGGAAAAACGAAAGUGAUACCAAUCUAUGAAAAUGGAAACAACACAUACAGUCUUGGGUUUUUGCCGAAGGAAGCCGGUAUACACAAAAUAAACGUCCAAGUGCAAGGACAACACGUUGCAGGCAGUCCAUACCAAGUCACUGUGAAAGACCACAGUAAAGGCGGACCAGAAAAAGUUCUUGUAUACGGCCCCGGACUACACGAAGCUGUUGCAAACGAAAAAGCGAAAUUUGAAAUUUGGACUGCACAAGCGGGCGGAGGAAAACUAGCAAUAACAGUAGAAGGGCCAUCAAAACCCGAUAUCAAUUAUGUAGACAGGAAAGAUGGCUCAAGUUCUGUUUCUUAUGUUGUCACAGAACCAGGUCAGUAUGAAGUCGGUGUAAAAUUUGAUGAAGAGCAUGUACCGGGCAGUCCGUUUAAUGUGAAUGCAACAGGAAUUGGAACCGGUCCCACAUUUCCCAGAGUUCAAAUUUUACGUGGGAAAUCCGAGCCAUCCAAAGUGAAGACAUCUGGCAACGGGGUUAUCAGUGGAAAAGUCGGAGAAGAAUGCCUCUUCAAAGUUAAUUGCUCAGAUGCAGGUUCAAACAUGCUGGUUGUUGGGAUAGUUGGACCGGUUGGACCAUGCGAAGAUAUCUUUGUGACGCACAAUGACAAUCGGUGUUAUGACGUUAAAUACGUUCCCAAGGAAACGGGAGAGUUUACGGUCAUCGUAAAAUGGGGAGAAGAAAAUGUGCCUGGAAGCCCAUUUAAAGUUCAAAUUUCAUAAAGGCAAAAACUUUUAACGAAAACUAUUUAUUUCUCGACUUUUGCAAUAGUAUUGAGCACAUGACCAGUGAUAGAAAGCUCUAUGAAAACUUUAAAAAGUAUAAUAGCUGUCAUUUAAGAAAACGCUUAGGUAUAUAGUAGAUAUUGCGAGCGUACGCACUGUGGAUGAUCAAUUUGGCAAGGGACAAUUUUAAAUCCUUGUACAGCGGUGGUAGACUUCGAGUGGAAACUUUCCUCAGCAAAACUUGUACAAUUUCUAUACAUUGAAAUUGGAGGUCAAAUUCAAACUAAACGAUAUCUUUAAAUUUUAAUAACACUAAGAGCCUGAAAUAUCAUACCACAUCUGAGAAAUCU